AUGGGUACGGAAUACAAGCAUGCCGACAUAAAUAUGGACGAUUCCGGCAAUAGCUGUGGAUCUAGUGUUGUUUCUGAUUAUAGUGGCCCAUCUUACGCCGAUGUCGAUGGAGUGCAGGUUUCUGAUAUCGAGAAUGACACCGAUUCGCAUGUUCUACAGGUUGGUAAAAAGUUUAUUACGAACCCAUGGGGUUAUUUCUCUAAUAGUCUUGCGCAACGGAUUUGUUUUGAAAUUGGGGUGUGUGGGAAAGUAGGGUGA